AUGGCUCCCCGGCACCGUGGCAAGCCUGCUCGUGGUUCGCGAUGCCUUUGGUGGUGCAUGGCCCUCAUGCUCGCCCCGGCGUUCGUGGUGCCGGGGCAGAGGCCUCCUGUGGCCCCCCAGCGCCUAGCACGGCGUGCGGAGGUGGCCGCAAGCCCCUCGAAGCAGUCUCUGGAAACGAGCCCCGAGGCCGCCCGCGCCACACUGGCGGAGUCUGCCCUGACCCGUGAGACAUCUCCCGAAGACGUCUUUGAGGCAAUUCGCGUGCUUGAGAAAGCGAAGAAUCGAACAGGCGAUUCCGGGUUCACGAAAUACUUGACUGGCGACUGGCGCCUUAUAUACACCACUGGCACGAAGAAGACAGAAGACGAGAUUGGGCGUGUCAACUAUGUGCCCAUUACGGCGGUGCAACGUUUCGAUAUG